UGAAAAUUUUCUACAAAAAAUUAAAUUGAGCUUUUUUUCUUUAGUUGUUUGUUGAACCGAUGGCUCAAUGCUGAAGUCAAAAUGGCUGCAAAGGCUGAACCGCAUACGAAAUCGCAGCGCAGUUUUUGGUAGGGCCAAUUGCGGGCUGUCAAAAAAAUUAGCGCAGAAAAACGGGAAGACACGCAAUUUUUUUUAACCCCGCACGUGUAUAUUAUAGUCUUUGAUUUGCAAACGCUAAAGUUUGCCUAAAUAGUGCGCCGAAUGGAAAGUCUGGAAAAAUGCAUUUGCAGGUGCCGAAAAAACCAAUAUUUCACUGCCAGGCGUGCUUAUGAAUGUUACGCUCGUUUUUUUUUAAUCAAACCCUUAUGCAAGACAAGAAAAAUGGGGCGGCGGCUUAGCGCUGUGGUUUCGCUAACGUUGUGACGUAUGGUGCGUGAAGUGUUUUAUUUUUGCUAUCGCCAAAGCUGCUCACCUCACCCUGUUCGUGACAUGUCAGUUUUCCCUCUCUUUCUUCGCGUCAAUUAUCUUUCUUUUAUCUGCACUCCAGCUUGCUUUUUUUAUAUUUUCACAACGUUAAUACCACACAAGCAAAAUAUGCCCACCACCCAGGCCCCACUCCCCACCAUUGGCGAGACCAACCACUUGCCGCUGGCCGAGUUUACCCAAGUGAUAUCCCUGCUCUUCGAGCCCACAGCUCUGCUGACCCAGCGCAUUUGCGAUUCACGGCCCUUUGAGAGCUACGAUAAGCUGCUUGACUGUGCAGACGAGCUGAUCAAGGAGCUGUCACCUCUGGAGCAGCUCGAAGUGAUAAACGCGCACCCGCGUAUCGGCGAAAACACUGCCAAGCUGUCGGCCCUGUCGCGCAUCGAGCAGGGCGCCAAGUCGGACGAUGAGGAGGACGCUGUGUUUGCCAAGUGGGCUGAGCUCAACAAGAAAUACGAGGACACCUACGGAUUCCGCUUUGUUGUGUUUGUUAACGGCCGGAGCAAGGACAGUUUGUUCCCGAUUAUCGAAGAGCGCAUUGCGCACGGGAACAAGUGCCAAGAGCUGCGGACAGGAUUGUCGGAGAUGGUUGACAUUGCCCGCGACCGUGCCAAGAAGCUGCUAGCCGCUGCAAGCGUCUAGGUGCCGCGGAUAUUUCAUACUUCAUACUUCAUAUUUUAAUCCUAUUUUCUUUCAAUAGCAC